GGCAUUGAUUGCCACAUGCUGCGGAUGAAAAUGAGACAUGAUAUUAAACUUAAAACGGCUUCUGCUGGCACUCGCUACUUCUGCCAACAGCAUUUACGUGUUUAUAAUGUGUAGGUGCACUAUAGCACAUUGCUUUCAUCUGAUGACAUCUAAACCAAAGGCCCAGCUGGUGCCCCUGCCAUGGAUGGAGAUCCUUGGAUACUGGGUGCUGUCCUUUGGUUCUCAUCUGUACUCUUUCUACCAACUGCACAGGUUCUCUAAAGAACAUGAAGCAGGAUUACAGAGAGAAUUCCAGCUGGAAAACGGCCUUCUUGAGGGCUUUAAAAGGGACCCAUCAGACUUUGAGUGGAAUUUCUGGACUGAGUGGGCCAAGAAGUCUUUGCUGUGGACUCUGAUUGGUCAUGGCGUGAUAUCGCGACUGACCAGCGUCUUUUAUCCCCAGCUCAGGGUACCAGCACUUGCACUAUAUGGCCUUUUUGCAGCCAGCAGUGUAUUGGGGAUUAAAGGCGUGAGUGCGCUGCUGAUACAUCUGGGCCUGUCCUUUUCUGUGGCCCAGCUGCGAAGGCCUGUGUUGUCAUGGGUCUGUAACAUGCUGCUGCUGUCCACACUUCACAUCCCACAACUUCAAGAGAUCCAGAGAAGCUGGUAUGAGAGCGAGGAGGAGUACUAUCUGCUCCUCUUCGCUGUUGCUGUCUGUGGUCUGCGCUUCAUCAGCUUCAGCCUGGAACAUUGCUGGUGCCCUCUAGACCAUGGUGGAGUUGUGCAGCUCUGUUGGUUGUUUUCAUACACCUUCUAUCAUCCUUUCUUCUACAAUGGACCCAUUGUCACUUACAAAGACUAUGUUGAGCAGAUGAGCAGGUCUUCUGAGGCGAGUGACAGGGAUGAACCUACUUUUAGGUACCUGGUGCUCAGAUCAGGACGGAUCAUACUGUGGUGGUGUAUUGCAGAAUACAUGAUCCACGUCAUGUACAUGCACUCCAUUCAGUCUAAUGAGACCUACUUAGAGAUUCUUCCUCCUUGGGCCUUGGGCGGCCUGGCCCUGGCCCUCGUGCAGUUCUUCUUUGUGAAGUACCUGGUGUUGUUUGGCCUUCCAUCCAUGCUGGCUUCUGAGGAUAAACUAGUCCCCCCAAAGCUUCCUCGUUGUGUCAGCAUCAUGUACAGUUUCACAGGGAUGUGGAGGCACUUCGACGAGGGUCUGUAUCGAUGGCUCAUCAGAUACAUCUAUGUGCCAUUGGGAGGUUCUCGGCAUGGUCUUCUUUGUAAGAUCUUAUCCACCGGCCUCGCGUUUGGAUUCGUCUGCCUGUGGCACGGUGGCCAUGACUACUUACAGUACUGGGCCCUGAUGAAUUGGGCUGGAGUUCUGGUGGAAAAUGGACUGAAGUCUCUUUUUACCUCAUCCUUUAUUCGGGGCAUUGUUGAGCAGAAUUUCUCUGAGGCAAUGGAAAGGCGUUGCAUUGCCCUUCUCUCUGCUUUCUCCACUGCCAUGCUCAUCCUCUCAAAUCUCGUAUUCCUCGGAGGGAUACAUGUUGGCAGAAUCUUCUGGAAGCGUGUCAUUAUUCAAGUUAUGCCAUGCAUUGAAAAUCCAGAGGUUGUCAUCAGUUAACACUGAAGCAGCUCUCAAACAUCAUUCAGCUGGUCUACUGUGGCCCCACCUAUGCUGGCGUUCCUCUACUGCUUUGCCCAGAUUGGACUGGAGUGGACUUCUCACCCAUCAUGAGUAACCUUGACUUUGUAUCAGAGAGAGAAUCCCUGCCACCGGACAACCAGAACAACCUGGUGACUCCAGUGCCUCGUCCUCACCAGUCUCUGUGGCGAAGCUGGCUUGUAGCCACAGAGCCUGUCCAAACCUGGCUGAAGUGGAGCUGAGCAGCCACUUUUCAAAACCUGCAGGACUGGGCAGAAUCCGUCUGUAAGCUGAGAUUUAAAGGAUCAGUGAAGGGACAGUUUCCUGUACAUGGAAGAUGUAACAGAAUGAGUGUAAAGUCAGUCUCCAGCAGCUGCCUUGGCAGUGUCAAGUUUCCUACAUAACAAGCGUCAAUGAAUCACUGUUUCACUAUAACUUGUUAUUCUAAGAAACUGUAACAGGAAAUAUGGACCCUGGAUCUGUCUUGGUUAUAUGACUCUGAUAAGGUAUUGCUCAGUGGUGCAGUGAGCUGGAGAAAUUCAUAUUUACAGUCCUCCUUUCGCUUGUGUAGGCAGAGAAGACUGAAUAGAGCAGCAGGAACCUGAUCAGUGUCAUUAUUUCCUCUACAGAUGUAAUUUGGGUAAAAUAGAAUGACGUUAAUAUUAGUGUUGCUCAGAAGCUUCAGUGAGACUACACUUUUAUUCAACACAGUAACAAAUGACAGUUAUUCUCUAGAAUGCAGACGAAAGCUAAAAACCACAAGCUGUAGUCGUUAUUGUUAAUGUGUUGAGAUAUAUUGCCUCAUACUGACAAAAUGUCAUCUCUGCAAUGACUCAGUUCACGUUUGGAUAAAAACCCUUCCAGUUUUAUGAAUAUCCACCCAUCUAUUCAUGUUAUAAUGGAUAUUAUGCAGUGAAUCAUUCACAGAUUUACUGUUUCAGCUGUGUGUCCCCAUAUAUACAAGUCAGAACAAUGUGGGCACUCGGCUGUGCUUUGAAGUUGUUUGUUUUCUGUGUAUUUUGUUUUUUUUGACACAAUUUAAAUAAAACACAAUAACAAGGACAGCAAAUAAUGUACAGUGCAAGAAAGCAAUUUAACCCAAUUCCAA